ACAUGACAACAGCCAAUAUGGCUUCCAGCUAAUAUUGCCAGCUGUGCGGUAUGUUGCAUGGACCGCCAAUCGUGAAUAAUUGUAACAUUGCAUAUUGAUUUAAACUGUAAUAAAUAGAAAUGGCUUCUGUAUAAUUGAUUUCCUCAAGCCAAUAUAAAUGUAGUCGCGAACAAAACUAAAUACCAUGAUAUAAUUUGCAUGAUAUUGGGUUACGUGGUUAUGGUUAUGGUUAUUUAGAAUCGCGAUCUUUAAAAGAAAAUGUAUUUUAAAACGUGUCAGUACUUAGCAAAAGGCUACACGAGACACAUAUCUACUAGUGUCAGAAAGACUUUAUUCAAAGAGUGUCGUAACGAAAAUGUUCUACAUAAAAAGAGAUUAUGGUCCACUGUGAAUUAUGUUGUGGCUGCAGGGGUUCUCACUGUUGGUUUGAGUUAUGCAGCAGUUCCACUUUACAGAAUAUUUUGUCAGUCAUACAGCUAUGGUGGGACCGUAGGUCAUGGCAGCGAUACAGUGGAAACGAUGAAACCUGUCAAAGACAGAAUAAUAAAAAUUAAAUUUAAUGCAGAUGUUGCUGCAGCAAUGCGUUGGAAUUUUAAACCUCAACAGUUAGAGAUCAAAGUCAUGGCUGGUGAAACUGCAUUGGCAUUUUAUACAGCCUACAAUCCAACAGACGAGCCUGUCAUUGGUGUGUCUACUUAUAACGUGGUACCAUUUGAUGCUGGUCAGUAUUUCAAUAAAAUCCAAUGCUUCUGCUUCGAAGAACAACAACUGAAUCCACAUGAACAGGUCGAUAUGCCAGUAUUCUUCUACAUUGAUCCAGAAUUUGUUGACGAUCCAAAAAUGGAGGGUGUUGAUGAAAUAACACUUUCCUACACAUUCUUUGAAGCAAAAGAUGGUCUAAAACUACCUAUACCAAGUUUUAUUAAGAGUCACUUGUAGUGUAAUUAUAAAAAAAAAAACGUAACUUUGUUUUAAAGUUUAUUAUAAUUGUACAGAGCAAUAAAUAUUUGACAAACUU